UUUUUACAAUAAUCAGUAGAGAGAGAUUCAAACAAGAACCAAAAAUGCAACCGCCAUGCUUAAGAGACUCAUCGGAAUCCUGUUUUUCCGGCAGCUGUUUUCCGGCCACAAAUCUUCUCAACCAAUCAAAACAUCAAGAAAUCAAAAUCGACACUCCCCAACACGAAUUCGCCGCCGCCACCGCCGCCUCUCUCAAUCCAAACACCAAAUUCACAAAUCCCGAUUCUCUCCCAUCCUUACCCGAUUCAUUAUCAAACUUUCUCAAAUCCUAUCCAAAAUACAUCGCCACCCAAACCGCCGAUCAUAUCAGAGACCGUGAAUAUUACCAUCUUACUCUCUCCGACCACGUUUGUCUCGAUUAUGUCGGUCAAGGUCUUUUUUCUUAUUCCCAACUUAACACCCUUCAAAACAGAGCUUCAUCUUCAUCUUCAUCCAUUCCAAAUCUUCAAUUCUUUAAUGUUCUACAUAAAUCAAAAACCCAUCAAGGAAAACAAACCCAAUUCGAAAUUCGAAUCCAGGAGAGAAUCAUGAAGUUCAUGAACAUCUCAACAGAAGAUUACUCAAUGGUUUUUACUGCCAAUCGUUCAUCUGCCUUCAAACUUGUAUCCGAAUUCUACCCAUUUGAUUCAAGCUCAAAUCUUUUAACAAUUUACGACCACCAAAGUGAGGCAGUGGACGCAUUAACCCAGGCUGCCAAGAACAAAGGAUGUCGAAUCAAAACAGCCAAAUUCGGAUGGCCGAGUCUGAGAAUCCACACCGAUAAGUUAAAGAAAAUGGUCAUUAGUAACAGCAGAAGAAGAACAAGAACAAGAACAAGAACAAGAACAAAGGGAUUAUUCGUUUUUCCACUCCAAUCAAGAAUGACAGGAGCUCAAUAUUCAUAUCAAUGGAUGACUUUAGCUCACGACAACGGCUGGCAUGUUUUACUCGACGCUAGUUCAUUGGGUGCUAAAGAUAUGGAAACAUUAGGUCUAUCCAUUUUCCAACCCGAUUUCAUAAUCUGUUCUUUCUUCAAGAUUUUCGGUGAAAACCCAUCUGGAUUCGGAUGUCUAUUCGUUAAGAAAACAAGUUUCCCUUCCUUCAACAUCUCGACAUUAUCCACAACAGUUAAAAUCGCAAAUGGAGAAGAAGAAGAAGAAGAUGAAAACCAUGAAAUGGAAGAAUUGGAAUUCAGAGGAUUGGAUCAUGCAGAUAAUCUGGGUUUGAUUCUAAUAAGUAGUAGAGUAAGAUAUUUAGUAAACUGGUUAGUAAAUGCAUUGAUGAGUUUAGAACACCCACAUCAAGAUGAUCGGAUUCCUUUGGUUCGAAUUUAUGGACCGAAGAUAAGGGUGGCGCGUGGACCGGCGGUGGCGUUUAAUUUGUUUGAUUGGAAAGGUGAAAAGGUUGAACCUUUAAUGGUGCAAAAGCUGGCUGAUCGAAGUAAUAUUUCUUUGAGUUUUGGGUUUAUUUUGUUUGAAGAUCAAGAAGAAGAAGAAGAGAGAGAAAGAGAAAGAGGGAUGGAGAAGAAGAAGAAGGGAUUUGACGCCGUGACAGCGACGUUAGGGUUUUUGACGGAUUUUGGUGAUACGUAUAGGGUUUGGAAAUUUGUAUCGCAGUUUUUGGAUGCUGAUUUUGUGGAGAAAGAACGUUGGAGAUAUAAGGCUCUUAAUCAAACUAUUCUUGAAGUUUAGGUCUUGUUUGGAAUCAAUUUUUAAUAUUCAUGGA